AUGCCAACUCCUCCCCCUCCCCCUCCCCCUCCCGCUCCUCCUCCGCCGCCACCGCUUCCUCAUACUCCUAGCCAGCAGAACCCAAGACACCGGGGCACUCCGGCCAGGACGCCUAUCCAACCUCCUGCGCAGCCACCCCACACCCACCAACGUCGCGGAUCAGGCUCCCACCUCCCAUACCCAGUCUACUACUUCGUCUACGCAACCCUGCAAGACCCCCAGCUCGCCAAAACCAUCCUACAAACGCCCCAGCCGCCCGUAUACCGCGCAGCCACGGUGUCCGAGUUCGUGAUGGGUUCGUGGGGGUCGUACAAGGCCCUAUACGACCGUGACUCGGGGAACGACAACGACUCGGACAACGCGCAAGGGCGAUCGGAGGAAGUUGUUACAGGGAGCGCGUUCUUAGUACACGACCAGCAGCAGGAGACUCGGCUUGCAAGGUACGAGACGAGGAAUUACCGCACGGCGGAGUGUGCUAUUUGUUUUUUGGAUGAUGGAAGGACGGUGAGGGGGAAGACGUUUGUUCGUGCGGGAGCGGAGGAUGCGGAGCGGGGAAAGUUUGAUCCGGGGUUGUGGGAAGAGAGGAUGGGGGUUAAGUUGCCUCCGGGGAAGUUUGGUCGUUGA